UUGUCAAUGUUUUGAUCAUAACACAAGCCUUGGCAUCUACAUUGUAGAAUUGAUUCAGUUUAACGCCACUUUAUUUGCCAUGGCUCAAGGCUAUGGAAUUCUGGGAGUUGUAGUUUUACAAGGUCUUUAAGUUUUCCCUGCCAAAGAGUGCUGGUGCCUCAGGAUUCCUACAAUUCCUCUGCCUACCUAGAGGUUUUCAUUGGUAGUCUCCCAUCCAACUUUUAACCAAGGCUGACCCUGCAUAGCUUCCAGGAUCAGAUGAACUCUUGCCUUUAGUCUGCUUAGGCCCUAUGUUAGUCCCAAAGAGGCUUCUCCUCUUUGUCCCGCCUAGGCCAUGUCGGUGGGUCUCACUCUCACACGGGCAAAUGUCUUAUUCCGGCAACAUCUUUUUACGUUCCUGGACCACCCCGUUCGCCCCAUCCACGCCUCCUGGACUGCGUUCGCCGGACAUAACAAAUGGUCCAAGGUCAAGCAUGUGAAAGGCCCAAAAGAUUUGGCUCGGUCCCGUGUUUUCCAGAAACUCACCAUGAUGAUCCGACUGGCAGUCAAAGAAGGAGGCCCCAACCCAGAACUGAACAGUAAUCUAGCCAAUGUUAUUGAGCAAUGUCGGAGCAACAGCAUGCCAAAAUCUUCCAUCGAAGCAGCAAUCUCUGGUGGGGACAAAGCCAAGUCCUCCUACCUGCUCUAUGAAGUGCGAGGCCCUGGCGGUUCUUCCCUCCUUAUCGAGAUCCUGACGGACAAUGCAAAGAGGUCUUACCAUGAAAUCCGCUAUCUUUUGAACCAUAAUGGGGGCAUCUUUGCUGAUGGAGCUCGGCACAAUUUUGAGAAGAAGGGGGUUGUGUCUGUGAAGCAGGAGGAUCGGUCUGGCAACCCAGUCAGUUUGGAUCGGGCCCUUGAGUUGGCUAUUGAAGCUGGAGCCGAAGAUGUCAAGGAAGAGGAAGAUGAAGAUGAGAAGAUAACGCUGAAGUUUAUCUGUGCGGUGCCCACUUUGCGCCAGGUCCGUGAAAAACUAGAGUCGCAGGGCCUUUCUUCGCUCUCUGCCAGUGUGGACUUUAUCCCAACUAUUAGUGCCCAGCUUUCAGAUGAAGAGAUGGAACGGGCUUCACAACUCCUAGAGGCGCUUCGGGAUUGUAUGGACGUUGUGGGAAUUUAUGACAACAUUGCCUAGAUUGACAAGACUCCCUGAAUGGAUGCUGCCAAAGUUUUUGCAGCAGGGCCUUUUUCUUUGACCUUUUUAGUAUGGGACAAGUGUGGGAUGCCUUUUCUAAUUAAUUCAGAUUGGCACUAUGGAUGAAGGUUACUUUAUUUGAAAUGCCAUCUUGCUUCUUCUAGGCUCCCUGACAGUUCCUUAUAUGAAAGGCCCACAUGGUCUAUAUAAUGAAAUGGUUUGUAAAGCAAAUGCAGAUGCUGGGAAAACAUUGUAGAAAGGGCUUGGAGUCUCUUUGUACUUUGAAAGAGCUUUGUACUCUAGCAAAUGCCAGAAUGUGUUUACCAAGAAGACCUAAAAUAGAUUGGUGAAGUGCCACCGUGGGUACAUCCAGCUACACACAUUUGUUUUUGUAUCCUCCAAGACAUCUCUUCCUGAAACAAAAAAUGAAGAGGAAGUGAUUCCUGCUUACUUUCUUUUCUUAAAAAAGGUCUCUUACCUAAAAAAUGACAAAAAUGUUCCCACACAUACUAAAAUAAUUUGGGGGCAAUUUAGUGGUGGGGCACACAUCUCCAAGAUCUUUUCGGAUGCUAAUGUUCCUCCUUAGCUUUCCAGUUACUUAUUUUGACCUAAAAUCAGAACUUGGGAAUGUUACCUUUUGGAUAGGAUCUUACAGAAUCCCCCACCCACCAUAGCCAUGGAGGCUGGGAGUUAUAGUCAGAAAAAAGGUGAUUUUCCUAGUUCUGUUGCAUAUCCCAUCCCUUUGAUGAAGCUUCAGUGUUGUCUGGUGUUCUCUGCCACAUGCGAGUGAUCUUUCUGACUCUUGCUGGUCUAAGAAUGUGUGCUGUCCCUGAGGAAGUGGUGCUCCGGUUGUCGAAUGUCUUGCCACCUAUUUUGGGAACCAAAAAAGCCUACAAUCUUGUUUCUCUUCUUGGAAGACUGCUCAAUAAGAUGAUUUUCAAAGCUUUUAUUUUAAAAAGUCUCCAUGGCCAAGUCUCAUGCACAAGUCUGUUAACAACGUAAAGUAUUAAAACAUUUAGUUUUGA